UUCCCCUUUACAGUGCCGGUGAAGACUAUUUCAACAUAUAAUAGCUUGUAUAUUGUAGGCGGGUUAGUUAUCAAGUACCAAAUAUCAACAAGAGACGGUCUAAAUACUAAACUUUCGCAACAUCUCUUGAAUAUUUCCAAAGUUCAGUAAUUUUUUCUUGAAUGUUUUCAUUUUUCGUCAGUCUGUGUUUGCUCUAUCUCCAUGCUGGGUGUUCACCCAGCUCGGGGGACCUUAAUGUCCAAGAAUUGUAAGAGUAGCAUUACAGGUCAUUCAAUGCCCCUCCCUUUUCUGCUAUGGACCACCAGUGAUGAAUGUUACCCCAGUGAUAAUAUGAAUAAUGAAAAUUGCCAUAAAUUGACCAAAGACCCGUCUUCUAAUUCCGACAUGUUUCCAGAUGACUUUUCGUCUCAACCUGAAUACGGAUUAGGUGGAAAUUCUCAGAUAGUGUACACUGGAAGUUUUCGUACCGAGCCCGGAGAAAAUAUGGCCGAACACGAUCACUUGGCAUAUUCUUUCGAGGUAGAACGUUUGUUGAUGGGAAUAUCAGAGAGCGUUGGACAGAGUUUUGACACAAACCAAGAAGACUCGGCACUUCCGGAGGACCUUGCCUCAGUUUCACUCAUGCAAACAGACACUCCCUUUUCUCAUGGACCCAUUGUAGGUAGUGCAUUACAAAACACGCCAUCUUCUUCGUCAGCUAAUAUAGGCUUUGACCAGCCCAUGACAAGUGCUUUAGAUAGCGUAUUUUCAGUCCCCACCACCACCGACUCGCUUGUUAUAGACUUACUAACACACGGACAAUACAGUUCAGGGACAGCCAAAGCGGCGUCGUCCGCCCCGCAGCGCCAGGACUCCCUCAUAGAAAGCCUCCCAAGUACUUCUAGUCAAUUGUCCGACCAGCUGUCCCCUGUGGACGCAACUUCGGAUUCCUCCUCCCACAGUGUCUCUGACCACCUUCAGUUUUCAAAAAAAUCAACAUCGACUACGCAGAGGUCGUUAAACCUACCACCCCCGGGCCGCCCCGGCCGAAAACCCGGACCAAAUAGUAAUCGCACCUAUAAAAGAAGAGCUGUACCAAAGGAUACCGAGGAAUACAUGAUCAAACGUGCUAAAAACAAUAUUGCCAUCAGAAAAUGUCGUGAAAAAGCCAAGCGUAAGCAGGAGGAGAUGGAGGAGAAAAUGAAAGAAUUAGAAAGUGAAAAUACAGUGCUCAAAAAACAGGUGGAGGAUUUAAGGACGGAAGUGAGGAGACUGAAAGGCUUUCCUGAGGGGCAUUAAUACCCCAGGUCCGAUAGGUAUAGUACAUGACUCUGUUGUCCCAAUUAGAGAGUUUUCAUGGUUCUCUGUACUAUCCUCUCUCCAUUUUUUGGUCUAUGACAUAGUUUUAUAUUAUUGUAUAUUUUAUUUACUGGUAAGGUGUAAAUACAGAAAUUAAAAUUUGACAAAUUGCCAUAUUGUAAUUUCUGUAUUUUCUACCAUGUACCCAGUAAAUUCAAAAAUUACACCAUGACAAUAUGUUUACAUCUAAUAUACAAGGAUGCUGUUCUGUAUACCUUUGAAUACUAAAUUUUAGCAAUAUGAAAUGUGUAUGAAAGGCAUUGUGUGACAAUGCACAUUUCAAACAUAGUUUUGAAAAUUAACAACUUUGGUGAAAAUGUAUUAGAUAUGAAUAAUUUUUAAACAGUUUCAAACAACAUAAACAAACUAGUUAGCAGUGAACAGUAGUUGGGCCAGGAGGUAUAAUGAUUUCAAAUUUACAGAUAACACUUAUUUUGUAUUCAACAUAUUUUUUUGUACGAAAAGUUCAAUGCCUUGUAUCUUUGAAUUUGCAAGAUAUGUGAACAUAUUCAUGAUGAGUGUAGAUAUUUUACUAACAUAUUUUGAAAUUACUA